AUGUCUAAAGAGGAUCAAACAAAAAUAUCUCUUGAAUUAAAAGCAAAAACGGCUUUUGAUGAACUAAAUAAACGUGCUAGCACACAACCAACUCUUGUUAAAAGAAUCGGUGCUAUAAUUCAAUUUGACAUAACAAAAGAUGGAAAAUUUCAACAUAGUUGGAUUAUCGAUGGUAAACAAGGAUUUAUAUAUGACGGAAAACCAACUGAAGGAACAACAGCUCAAGUAACAAUUACCGUUGAUGAUAAUGAUUUUGUUGAAUUGGCUUUAGGCAACGCAAAUGCACCUGCAUUGUUUGCUAAAGGCAAACUCAAAGUGAAAGGCAAUGUAAUGCUAGCACAAAAACUAUCAACACUCUUCAAGGAACAAUCAAAACUAUAG